UCACUGCUGGGCACUGACUGGCGGCACUGCUAGGCAUUGACUGGCGCAACUGCUGGGCACUGACUGGCACAACCACUAGGCACUGACUGGUGGCACUGACUGGCAGCACUGCUGGACUGCAUUGAUGGGCACUGGUGGGUGGCACUGGUGGGCACAGGUGGGUGGCACUGGUGGUUACAGGUGGGUGGCACUGCUGGGCACAGGUAGGUGGCACUGGUGGGCACUGCUGGGCACUGUCGGGUGGCACUGGUGGGCACAGGUGGGCGGAACUGGUAGGUGGCGCUGCUGGGCACCGAUCAUCAGGGCACUAAUCAUCAGUGCCCUGAUGAUCUGUGCCGAUCCCUGCUCUGACAACUGCCGGUUCUCGGCAGUACUUUCCUCACGAUCUGACAGCGUGAGGAAAGUGCAGCCAAGAACCGGCAAUUGC